CGAAUACUUUGGACCCGUAUCGACAUGAGUUGACCACCCCUUCUUCGUAACUGGUUUUUCUACAUUCAAAUCCUUUGGCUUUGUUAACAGCAGUACUGGGCAUAGUUCAACUUUGCGGAGCAAACGAACAAAUGCCUACAGACAGCUUUGCCUUGAGUCAGUGGACUCUCAACUAUACAGUUGGCUUUGUCCAUGCCUUUGUUGCCUCUAUAUCGGUUAUUAUCGUGUCUGAGCUCGGCGACAAGACAUUUUUUAUUGCGGCUAUAAUGGCAAUGCGACACUCACGACUUGUCGUCUUCAGUGGUGCAAUCGGGGCUUUGUUUCUAAUGACUGUGUUGUCAGUGGCGCUGGGAUUCGCUACAACUGUCAUUCCGAGGGCUUAUACGUAUUAUGCGUCGACAGUCUUGUUUGCGCUGUUUGGUGUGAAGAUGCUGAAAGAAGCGUGGGAGAUGUCUCCUGACGAAGGUCAAGAAGAACUAGAACAAGUUUCAGCAGAGUUGAAGAAGAAGGAUGAAGAGCUGCAUUCGGCACAGUUGUAUUCGAUACCUAAUGGGGACGUUGAGUUAGGAAUCCAAAAAAUGAAAGUAUUUCGAAGGAAAGCGUCGCAGUGGUGUCGAUGUCUGUCUCCAAUAUUUCUCCAGGCAUUUAUGCUAACGUUUCUUGCUGAAUGGGGAGACAGGUCACAACUAACAACAAUUAUAUUAGCUGCAAGAGAAAAUCCGGUGGGAGUUGCAUUUGGCGGUACCUUGGGUCAUGCCAUUUGUACUUCAAUAGCGGUAGUCGGGGGACGUCUCAUUGCACAGAGAAUCUCAGUGAGAACAGUCACAUUUCUAGGUGCAAUUAUAUUUCUGCUGUUUGCUGCAACGUCUCUUCUGUUUGAUCCAAAUAGUUCUUAGCUAGCAACAGUAGUAAUGAUAAACUAUGAUAUUGAGUGAUACUUUCAAUGGAAACUGUAUUUACAUUUGCUACAACUGCUAUUCUGGAUC